AAAAUUUAUUUUGGCAUAUGCCGGCUGAAUAGCCACUGCCUAAUUUUUACUUUUAAUUCCCUUUUUUGGUGACGAUGCGAUGUGUUGAAGUUAUUUGUAUCUCAGGUUUUAAUGUUUGUUAAUAAAAUUAAUAUUAAAUACAGAUAAGUUACAAUAUUAUUUAAAAGUUAAAGAGUAAAUACUUUUUGCGUAUUUCUAUUGCCUUUAACUUAUUUAUUUUUAUUCUAUAUACUAAAAUAUGGGUCGAAAGAAAAAGAAGCCCUCAAAGCCAUGGUGUUGGUAUUGCAAUAGAGAAUUUGAAGAUGAAAAAAUUUUAAUUCAGCAUCAAAAAGCAAAACAUUUCAAAUGCCAUAUAUGUUUCAAGAAGCUUUUCACGGGACCUGGUUUAGCUAUUCAUUGUAUGCAGGUACAUAAAGAAGCUAUUGAAAAAGUGCCUAAUGCACUAACCUCCAGAAAUAGUGUAGAUGUUGAGAUAUAUGGAAUGGAAGGCAUCCCUGAGGAUGAUGUUCGAAUGCAUGAAAUGAUGAGACAGGGUGACAAUAAAGUAGAGGUUAGAAAUUCGGAUGAUGAAGAUUCCUCUGGUCUUCCAGACAAAUCGUCUGGACCAACUAUGCCAGGAAUGCCAUCCAUGCCGGGCAUGAUGCCUGGCAUGCCACCUAUUCCUGGAAUGAUGCCAGGAAUGCCUGGUAUGGGAUUUCCCAUGAUGCCAGGACAGUCUCCACUUGGACCUAUGGGGCCAAUGCCAAUGGGCAUGCCUCCUGGAUUUAUGCCCCCUGGUGGUAUGCCAAUGAUGCCGCCAGGAAUGCCCCGUGCACCUAUAAUGCCACCAUCAACUGUGUCAGGUAGCACCCAGGCACCAUCAAAACCAUUAUUUCCUUCAGCUAUGCCUCAGACAUCAACAUCAUCUUCGCAAUCCCCUGUGGGCACAGAUUUUAAACCUCUGAUGACAACGUCAUCGAGACCAACAUUUCCUGCUUAUAGUGGAAGUUCCUCACCUAAUGUGUCAGCUUCUAUGAAGUCUCAUUCU